AUGUUUCAUUGUCGCCGGCAGUUUCCAGAGGUGAGGACACCAGAGCUGUUGGCGAAGUUGGUUGACGUGGUGUCCAGCUCGGGAGGUUCGAACCGGAAUACCACCACUUUAGCCACGGUUUCCGGUUCUAGCUCCAGACCUGCCGUUGCGUCUUCCUCCGUCCCUGCGUACGAGCCACCCCUCCAACCUGUUGCAUCCCCUUUGUUCGCUGUUGAUCUACACGGCAGUGUAGGCGACGAGGUCGGACAAGGGGAGUAUCUGCCGACAUCUUUACAGUGUGCUGCACCGGCUGGGGUUGGAGAUGGAUUCUUGGAUGAUCCAGAGGACGAUGAUGUCGAGUCGGACACGAUUGCUGAUGACAAUGGGGAUGAUGUUGGAGCAGGUGAGCCUGCUGGGGUAGGCGGUGGUUCUAGCUCUGCACGCAGCAGUACCCCUCGUCUGAUAGAGUUUCAGGUUGGUCAGCAAUUUCCGGAUAAAGAAGAGGCCCUGUUAAGUGUCAAGACUUACAGCAUACGGCGAGGGGUACAGUACAAGGUGGUGGAGUCCGACUAUCGCCGGUAUGUGGGCAAGUGUUCUGAGUUCGGCAAUGGGUGCACAUGGUUGAUUCAGCUCAGUCUCCGACAGCGCAAGGGGAUUUGGGAGGUCAAACGUUACAACGGACCGCAUACUUGUCUCGCGACCUCCAUCUCCAGCGACCACAGGAGUUUGGAUUACCAUGUGAUCUCGGCAUUUGUUAUGCCAAUGGUUAGGGCUGAUGCAUCCGUCAGCAUCAAGGUGCUCCUAAAUGCCACCGCCGCACACUUUGGGUUUAGGCCGACUUAUAGGAGGGUCUGGUUGGCGAAGCAGAAGGCUGUUUCCCUCAUCUAUGGUGACUGGGAUGAGUCGUACAACGAGCUCCCAAGGUGGGUGUUAGGAGUCCAGUUGACGAUGCCUGGUACUGUUGCAGUGCUGAGGACGAGCCAUGACGGGAACUCCAACAUACUCCCGGUUGCCUUCGCAUUAGUCGAGAGUGAGAAUGCUGAGUCGUGGUCCUUCUUUCUCUCCCACCUGCGUGAGCAUGUGACACCGCAGCCGGGUUUGCUGGUUAUCUCAGACAGGCAUAACGGCAUCAAGGCCGCCCUUGAGGAUCCUGACGGAGGCUGGUUACCUCCGUCUGUAUACCGGGCAUUCUGCAUUCGACAUGUUGCAGCAAAUUUCGCCCUUACCUUCAAGGGCAAAGAUGCAAGGAGGCUACUCGUGAAUGCGGUGUACGCUAAGACCGAGGUCGAGUUCCAAUAUUGGUUUGAUAUUCUUAGGUCCGAAGACCCGGCGAUGUGUGACUGGGCAAACCGGAUUGAGUAUUCCUUGUGGACACAACAUUGUGAUAAGGGGCGUAGAUUCGGACACAUGACGACGAAUAUAUCUGAGUGUGUGAACUCGAUCCUCAAGGGUGUCAGAAACCUUCCUGUGUGCUCGCUAGUGAAGGCAACAUACGGAAGGUUGGCCGAAUUAUUUGUUCGCAAAGGGAGGGAGGCUGAGGCGCAGAUGGAAACCGGACAACAAUUUAGUCAGCACUUGGUGAAGUGUAUAGAGGCCAACUUGAAGACGGCUAGGUGCUUCACAGUUACUGUGUAUGACAGGGAUAACUCCGAGUUCACCGUCGCAGAGACAACUCCGACUGGUUCUUUCUCACUGGGUACCUACAGAGUCUCGCUUGCAUCUCGCACAUGUGACUGCGGAUACUUUCAGGCACUUCAUUUCCCGUGUCCCCAUGCACUGGCAUGCUGUGCCUACUCACGGCUUACAUGGGAGCCUUACGUCCACCAGGUGUAUCGUCUUAGUUCGGUUUUCAGUGUGUAUCAGAUGGGUUUCACACCUCCCAUUCCAGAGGGUUUCUGGCCACCAUAUGACGGGCCGACUGUCAUCCCUGACCCCAAUAAGAGGCGUGCGAGAGAGGGUCGUCCCAGGUCUACUCGGAUACGGACCAAUAUGGACGAGGCAGAUUCGAACCGGCCAAAGAGAUGUGGGCUUUGUCGGAAGCCCGGCCACACACGUCAGAGUUGCCCAUAG